UCGCGUGCUCUCGAACCGGUCCAGAACAGCAGAUCUUCAAGGGGUACGGCAGCGUUCAUCUUUGGGCAGGCCGACUUUUCUGCGUCCUCGUCUCGUCCAGCAAGGAUCUCCUCCGUUCCGAGAGAAUUGUGAAUUGUGUUCCUGAAUUUGUGAUCCCUUUUUGUGGUGUGUCUUUCGUACAAGUGAUAAGUGCGAACAGGCAGCAGUUUCGAGUUUCGAUUGCGACCACAUCUCGCGUCAGUCACACCCUUCAUUCAAUCGUAAUCACUUCAACGUGGCCAUCAGAACUGCAUCUCGCAAAUAAUCGUCCCGGCAAGGCAACGACGAAAAAGGAAACACAGAAAUGGCUCAGCGGACAGCAGCGGCACUGCGUCGAGUGUUUGUGUACGGUACGCUGAAGCGCGGCGAACCGAACCAUCAUCUACUGGCGGAAGCCGACAACGGGUAUGCCAAGUUCAUCUGCAAGGGCUCGACGAACCGCCGAUUCCCGCUCGUCAUCGCCACCCGGUACAACAUCCCGUUCCUGCUGGACAAACCCGGUGCCGGUAGUUACGUAACGGGGGAAAUCUACGAGCUGGACGAACCGCUGUUCCAGCAGCUGGACGUGCUGGAGGACUACCGUAAGCUGUACGAUCGCCAGAUCGAGGACAUUAACGUGGGCAUCGAGGGGGGCAACGUGCCGUGCUGGCUGUACCUGCUGCGCAACCCCCCGGAGAGUCUGCUGAAGCUGCCGAUGCUGACCGAGUACAAAAACACGCUCGAGAUCCCGUACUCGCGACGACCCCCGGGCAAGGUGGACAUCUUCGAGGAGCUACAGAAGGAAGCGUCCGCUUUGUAGAGCUAGCCAGGAGCCGGCUGCCGGGCGUGGGCAUUUUAGGGGAACGGGAGGGGAGGGGGGGGGGGCGGAGGGAGUGUGAAUGUCUGGAGAAGAAUGAUAGGGAACAACACCUCAACAAAUCGUCGAACCGUCGAGUCAAUAUGCCAUGGGUUGUACUUAGCUUUACGUUCUAGGGCAACAAUAUAAAUCAAAUACAAUCACAACUUUACAUUUCAA